ACUCAACACUUCUCAUGACCCCAUAAAUCCUACCCUCACACUAAUAAACUACUACAAAAACCUCUCAAUCCCAAAUCACCACCACCACCACAACAACAAACAAACAAAUAAGAAGAAGAAGAAAAAUAUCAAAACUUUCUUCCUCAUUGACAACAACAACAACAAACAAUGCCAUCCCAACAAGAACACUUUUCCUUCGAUGCAUCCGUCCUUAAGAACCUUCCCCACAUACCGGCCCAAUUCAUAUGGCCCGAUCACGACAAGCCAUGCCCCCACCCCCCUCCCGCACUCGAUGUGCCGCCCAUCGACCUUGGAGCCUUCCUCUCCGGCGACCCUGACUCUGUAUCCCGAGCAGUCCGCCUCGUCGACCGCGCCUGCCGCAAGCACGGCUUCUUCCUAGUCGUCAACCACGGCAUCGACAAAGGGCUCCUAGAGCGGGCCCACCGCGGAACAGACUCCUUCUUCACCAAGCCACUUAAGGAGAAAGAGCGAGCCCUUAGAAGGCCCGGCGACCACUGUGGCUAUGCCAGUAGCUUCACCAAUCGGUUCUCGUCAAAUCUACCUUGGAAAGAGACCCUAUCGUUUGGGUACACGGCGGGCCAAGCCACGGUCGAGAGGUACUUCUCGGAUACAAUGGGUGGGGAUUACGCCGAGUUCGGGAGGGUGUGCCAAGAGUAUUGUGAAGCCAUGAGCAAACUCUCACUAAGUGUGAUGGAGCUUUUGGGAAUAAGCCUCGGCGUGGGGCCCGCUUACUUCAGGGAAUUUUUCCAGGGGAAUGAGUCCAUUAUGAGACUAAACUAUUAUCCGCCGUGCCGGAAGCCUGAGCUGGCGUUGGGGACUGGGCCCCACUGCGACCCGACGAGCUUAACGAUACUCCAUCAGGACCAAGUUGGUGGGCUUGAAGUGUAUGUCGAUGAAAAAUGGCACUCAAUCACUCCCAAUCCACAAGCUUUUGUCGUCAACAUUGGGGACACUUUCAUGGCUCUAUCGAAUGGGAUUUACAAGGGCUGCCUGCAUAGGGCAGUGGUGAACAGCACGACUCCAAGAAAAUCGCUUGCCUUCUUUCUUUGUCCGAAAACCGACAAAAUCGUGACCCCACCAAAAGAGUUGGUUUGCGAAGGAAACCCAAGACAAUAUCCGGAUUUCACUUGGCCGGCCCUUCUCGAAUUCACACAAAAGCACUACCGGUCGGACAUGAAAACACUUGAAGCCUUUGUGAACUGGCUUGGACAUAAUAAAUUCCUCCAAAGCGAAGUGUAAUUCAGUAGAGAAGCACAUAUUAGAAAGAGCCAGGAAAAAGAAUUUUUGUAAGAGAUUCAAUUAAGUUGUGCGUGUGUGUGUGUUGUGUAAUAAAGUAAACUAUAGAGGCUGAAACAAUUUGUUCAUGGACAAAUUGUUCGGUCAACCUAAGGUUUUUUUUCUUUUUUCCUAUCCCAAUAUGCAUGGGGUAGUUGGACCCUUUGAUCCGUACGGUUUUUAUGCCUAUUGUAUGGCUGAUAGAAUAUCGAAUUAUCAAUUCCCAUUUUAUUUGUUUGAUUAAUCGCAUAACCUUUAUGUACCGUGACUAUGUUCUCAUUCUCUGUUAUAUUGACCAAAUUGUGGCUGGUGUUGUUCC